AUGGAUAACGCGUCUGACUGCGGGCCAGUACCUAUGGACGAACCUCUGGACCCAGCCAGGGUGAUAUGGACAGAGCUUCUGGACCCAUCCCAUGCCAGGAAGAAACACACAGGCAAGUUGGAUGGACUUGUAUUCUGUCCAGUACUAUCUGCAGCUGGCUACUCCAGUCUGGGCAUGCAGGCGCGCCACAGCACCAUACAGCCCACAGAGUGUCAGGAUAAGGUGAAAAGGAAGAUUUCAAUGAAUGCAAGUGAUGUGGGUAGCUUUCUUGCAAUACAGUGUAAUCUUGGUGGUGUGAAGACUCACAUGAAAACUGCAGCCUGUGUAGAUUCUAGAUUAGAAUGUGACCAUCUCUCAGUAGUGAAAUCCAACCAUACAGCUACUCAGUUCACCACCUUUCUGCUGACUGGUGUCCCAGGUUUGGAAGACUUGCAGAUUUGGAUCUCCCUCCCUUUCAGCUUCAUGUACCUCCUGGCUGUGAUCGGCAAUGGCCUGGUCAUGGCAGUGGUGGCUCAGGACAGGAGCCUCCAUGAACCCAUGUAUCUCUUCCUGGCGAUGCUGGCCCUCAACGAUGUCCUGCUUUGUACUGUCACCGUGCCCCAAAUGCUUCUCAUCUUCUGGAAGGGCCCUUCCCUGGUAACGUUUCCUGCUUGCCUCACCCAGAUGUUUUUUGUCCAUGCUUUGUUCCUCUCUGAAUCUGCUGUUCUACUGGCCAUGGCGUUUGAUCGCUAUGUGGCUAUCUGUGCACCUCUCCAUUAUGCUACCCUACUUACAAGCUCCCUCAUUGCCAAGGUGGGCCUGGUUCUGGUGGCUCGGAGCGUGGCUGUGGUCACUCCAGGUGUCCUCCUCGUUCUGAGGCUCCACUUCUGCCGGAGCAACAUCAUCCGCCACACCUAUUGUGAGAACAUGGGCAUUGCUAAGUUGGCCUGCAACAGCAUUGCACUUAACAGCAUUUAUGGGCUCACUGCUGCUCUCCUCACCACAGGGCUGGACUUUGUCCUCAUCUCCCUGUCCUACUGGCUUAUCCUGAAAACAGUCUUCCGACUACCUUCUAGGGAAGCCCGGAAAAAGGCCUUUGGAACCUGUGGAGCUCAUUUAUGUGUCAUCUUAUUAUUUUACACUCUAGCCUUCUUUUCCUUCUUUACCCACCGCUUUGGGCACCAUGUGCCUGGGCACAUCCUUAUACUCUUGGCAAACCUCUACUUACUGAUGCCACCUACCCUGAACCCCAUUGUCUAUGGGGUAAAGACCAAAGAGAUAAGGGUGCGAGUACUAGGACUCUGUAGCCAACUGAAAUGA